CCGUAGCCUGGAUGAAGCCUCUGGAUCAAGGACAACAGUGCUGAGCUGGUGCUAACGGUGUUGCCGUAAAGAGUACACGGGCCUUACACUAGCCCGGUUUUAUCCUCAGGUCAAAGCUGCACACAGGAGGAGGAAAAUGCAGUGCACUCCUGAAUCAAAUGUCUUCCUUGAGCGCUGCAAAGGCCAGCACUAUUUGGAGGACUCCUCUGACAGUGGCUACUCGGGUGUAUUCCACAGCCCAGGGAGCAUCAGUGGAGCUGACCCCUGUAAGGCUUUGUCCCCCGAGGAAUUCAAUGAAGCACCUAAAGAGAACCUCAGGCAAUCUGUCACACCAAAAGAUAGGACGAGAGAAUCAGUCAGACUUUUGGACAAAGACUCCAGGGGGGUACAGCAGUCAUCAUCUGUUAGUUGGUGUGAAACUCCUAAAUUGUAUAAAAGAGAUCACUCAUUGCGACAAAGACUUCGAAUGUGCAAACCCAGCACAGAUGUUGAGCCUGAGGGUGCAGGAUCACCAUACACCAGGAAGACUGAAUUGUUCAUCAGCGCAAAGUCUGAACACUGGCUAAGUGCAUCGUUUGAUUCUCUAGACACUGUCAUAGGGGCUUUGGCAUCAAGCACUUUAAAACUGGAGCAGGACUUGCCAUUAUCUGGUAGGAAAUGCCGUCUGCUUUUCUCACAGGUGAGGACCUCUACUCUUGAUGAUAAUAAACUCAACUCUGGUCACCCUCCUAAUUUUGAGAGAGGACUUUCACUCUUGGACGCUGAUUUCAGUGAGAGCAUUUCUGCCUGCGAUCAAAUUAAUGCUGGGACUCCAUGCUCUAGCAAACUGCUGUCUGCCUCAUCUAAGGAAGCCUCUCAGUCACCAGUCAGUGGUGUGACCAAUGGCCUACUUAACAGCUCAAGUGUCCUCUGCACACCGUCAUCCACACAUACACCAAAAUUCAUCAGCAGGUCUGCUUGUGAGGACAGUGGCUUCAGUUCCCUGACCCUUGAUAAAUACCAAGACUCCUCAGUGGAUCAUGAUGGUUCAUUCCAGGAGCUACUGUUGUCUGCCUCUCGAAAAAACAGUGAAACACCAAAUCUUGCAGAGGCAAAGCGGCGCUCCCGUUUGCACCGUCAGCACAGGCUUUCUACACUUAAAGAAGGGAGCUCUCAGUCUGAUGAUGACCCACUGGACAGAAGGCAUGAACGUCUUCCUCAAUGCCACAGCCAUUUUGAGGAUGUUUUUGCUGACAGUAUCACCUCUCGUUGUGUCCUUUCUGAUAAAUGUGGUAAUGGCAUCACUUCUGAUGGUUUGUCCUCUGAAAACCAAGACUAUGCCACCCCACAAAGAAUGACCAUAGCCAAGCCAGAAAACAUGACACCUUUUAGCACAGCUGUAACACCUGUGAGAACAACCCCAGUUGAUCUCUCUUUGACUCCAGCUUUGCAGCUGGUUCACGCUAUGUGCCAGCAGAGAGCCCAGAUGUUUGCUGGCCAAAGUCCCAGCCUUAAGGAGCAGCUGAAGUCUACAGCUGCACUGGCCCAGACCCCUGUGAUGUUCAGGACCACUAUGCCAUUGGCAGGACUGAUUGGCAGGAAGAUGGGCCUGGGGAAGGUAGAUAUACUUACAGAGCUGAAGAAGAGGAAUCUCAGGCACAUUCUGGCCAUCAUACUUGGCCAUCUGACCUCUGAGAGUGUCUAUAGGUGUUGCUCCAUUCCAAAUUUGGUAGUGAGUAAUUGUGACAUUGGCAUCAAAAGAAGCCACCUCAGCGAAAUGGAAGCUGCCCUCGAGCUCGGAGCUGCUGCCCAUGUCCCUGAUGCAGAGACCAGACUGGCUCUGCUGAAGAGGUCGGCCCUCAAGACGGUUCAGUCUCAGUCCAGGACUUUGCUCUAUUGCACCCCACAUUCAGAAGAUAGCACUUUAACCAAGUUACAGCACAGUGGCGCACACUCAGGCAGCAAGAGCAAACGGGAUAAGUUUCUAGAAGUGGCCAGAACCCUCUUCAGUGAUGAGUGCCUCAGGCCAUGCCCUCGGUGUCAGCAUCCUGCAAGGUGUCGCCCAGUGAAAGGGGAAGGUGUGUGCAGCAGAGCCAGCUGCGGGUUCCAGUUUUGCACAGCCUGCUUGUGUGCUUUUCACGGCUCUAGAGAGUGUGGCAGCCAGUCUGUAGGCCGACGCAAAAAGGACAUCAUUCUUCCAGGAAGCGCACAAAGCAAGAGAAACGUUAAGAGACUGUGAGCAGAAACCGAACCGCGUUCUCGUUGUGCCAAAGUGUCUUCAGCUUUUUUUUUUUUUUUCUGCCUUGUGAUGAAGACGAGGCUUGGCAACAAGGAGACUGAUUUGUAGCCAG